AUGGCGAUAUCGGAUAUUAAACUACCAAGACGAUUACCCUUACUCGUUAUCGAAGGCGUGUUUUUUCCCGGGGCAUCUAUAAGGAUACCCGUUAAUUCGUAUAAAAAUAUGAAUAUGGUUAAAACUCACCUUCUAAGUAGGAGUACCUUAGCAAGUGCAAUUAUUGGAGUAGUACCUAGAGAACCAGGAUCAUCUGGAGAAGAUGAUAUCAGUGCCAUGCAUCAAAUUGGAACUGCAGAAAUUGUUGUUCAAGUUACUGGUACUAAUUGGCCACGACCAGCAUAUACACUACUAGUUACUGGUCUAUGUCGCUUUAGAUUAGAAGGUUUAGUGAAAGAAUCUCCUUGCCUUAUUGGAAGUGUAAGACAGUUAGAUAAACUUUCAGGAGAAGAAACUGAAAGUAUUGAAGUUGAAGCAGAACUAAAUGAUUUAAUGGAACAAUUUAUAGAACAAGCUAUUAGAUUGAUUGAUAUGCUUGAUUUAUCAGUUCCUGCUGUAGUUCGACUAAAAAGAUUAUUAAAUUCUCUACCUAUUAAAAGUUUACCUGAUGUCUGUGCAGCAAUAAUUAGAGCAUCACAUGCAGAACGUCUUCAAGUAUUAGAUGCUGUUGAUUUAGCCGAAAGGCUAAAAAAAACGCCUCUUUUAAUUAGACAAAUUGAGGGUUUACAAUUAUUACAAAAAGCUAGAAAAGAUGGCGAUAUUUCUAGACCUGUCACUUUGGAAAAAAUAACACCAAGCAGAGGAAGACAAAGAUUAGAUAUAGAUGAUGAUGAUUUUGAAGGUGGUGAUGAAAUUGCUAUUUUAGAAAAAAAACUCAGAGAUACUGAAAUGCCUGAUCAUGCAAAAAAAGUUGCAAUGAAAGAAUUACAGAGAUUAAAGAAAAUGCUUCCUCAUAUGCCUGAACAUGCCAUGACAAGAAAUUACAUUGAACUUAUGACAGAUCUUCCAUGGUCUAAGCAGUCUUCUGAAAUGCUUGAUAUAAAUAAGUCAAGAAAAGAUUUAGAUGCUGAUCAUUAUGGCAUGGAGAAAUUGAAGAAAAGAGUUUUAGAAUAUCUUGCUGUUCGCCAAUUGAAAAAUACAUUGAAAGGUCCCAUUUUAUGCUUUGUAGGACCUCCUGGAGUAGGUAAAACAAGUGUGGGAAGAUCUAUUGCACAAUCAUUGGGAAGAGAAUUUCAUAGGAUAUCUCUAGGUGGUGUUUGUGAUCAAGCUGAUAUUCGUGGUCACAGACGCACUUAUAUAGGUUCGAUGCCAGGACGUAUUAUUCAAGGAUUAAGAACAGUUGGAGUUAAAAAUCCUGUGUUUCUGUUAGAUGAAAUUGAUAAAAUGAGUGCUGGAAUACAUGGUGAUCCAGCAGCUGCACUUUUAGAAGUUCUUGACCCAGAACAAAAUUCUUCGUUUAUAGACCAUUAUUUAAAUGUACCAUUUGAUUUAUCACAAGUUCUAUUCAUUGCUACUGCAAAUACAAUUAAAAGUAUUGCUCCAGCUUUGUUAGAUAGAAUGGAGAUUAUUCCUGUUCCUGGAUAUACACAUGAAGAAAAGCACCAUAUUGCUCGAAAUCAUUUGAUUCCCAAAAUGCUUAAAGAACAUGGACUUACCUCAGAAACAGUUCACAUAACUGAUGAAGCUGUACAGUUGUUAAUUAGAAAAUAUACUCAGGAAGCUGGCGUGCGUAGCUUGGAACGUAAAGUAGGAGCCUUAUGCCGAGCUGUAGCAGUAAGAGUUGUAGAAAAACAAGUGAUAAAAGAAAAAGUAGCCAAUUCUACUAUUGUAGAAAAUAAUGGAAAUGCAAUAUGCUAUCCUCCUGAACUUCCAAUUGUUUUAGAUGAAGUAGCCCUAGAAGAUAUUUUAGGAAUCAUUCUAAAAGAUUUAGAUGCCGAUCAUUAUGGCAUGGAGAAAUUGAAGAAAAGAGUUUUAGAAUAUCUUGCUGUUCGCCAAUUGAAAAAUACAUUGAAAGGUCCCAUUUUAUGCUUUGUAGGACCUCCUGGAGUAGGUAAAACAAGUGUGGGAAGAUCUAUUGCACAAUCAUUGGGAAGAGAAUUUCAUAGGAUAUCUCUAGGUGGUGUUUGUGAUCAAGCUGAUAUUCGUGGUCACAGACGCACUUAUAUAGGUUCGAUGCCAGGACGUAUUAUUCAAGGAUUAAGAACAGUUGGAGUUAAAAAUCCUGUGUUUCUGUUAGAUGAAAUUGAUAAAAUGAGUGCUGGAAUACAUGGUGAUCCAGCAGCUGCACUUUUAGAAGUUCUUGACCCAGAACAAAAUUCUUCGUUUAUAGACCAUUAUUUAAAUGUACCAUUUGAUUUAUCACAAGUUCUAUUCAUUGCUACUGCAAAUACAAUUAAAAGUAUUGCUCCAGCUUUGUUAGAUAGAAUGGAGAUUAUUCCUGUUCCUGGAUAUACACAUGAAGAAAAGCACCAUAUUGCUCGAAAUCAUUUGAUUCCCAAAAUGCUUAAAGAACAUGGACUUACCUCAGAAACAGUUCACAUAACUGAUGAAGCUGUACAGUUGUUAAUUAGAAAAUAUACUCAGGAAGCUGGCGUGCGUAGCUUGGAACGUAAAGUAGGAGCCUUAUGUCGUGCUGUAGCAGUAAGAGUUGUAGAAAAACAAGUGAUAAAAGAAAAAAGUGCUGGAAUACAUGGUGAUCCAGCAGCUGCACUUUUAGAAGUUCUUGACCCAGAACAAAAUUCUUCGUUUAUAGACCAAAAAGAUUUAGAUGCCGAUCAUUAUGGCAUGGAGAAAUUGAAGAAAAGAGUUUUAGAAUAUCUUGCUGUUCGCCAAUUGAAAAAUACAUUGAAAGGUCCCAUUUUAUGCUUUGUAGGACCUCCUGGAGUAGGUAAAACAAGUGUGGGAAGAUCUAUUGCACAAUCAUUGGGAAGAGAAUUUCAUAGGAUAUCUCUAGGUGGUGUUUGUGAUCAAGCUGAUAUUCGUGGUCACAGACGCACUUAUAUAGGUUCGAUGCCAGGACGUAUUAUUCAAGGAUUAAGAACAGUUGGAGUUAAAAAUCCUGUGUUUCUGUUAGAUGAAAUUGAUAAAAUGAGUGCUGGAAUACAUGGUGAUCCAGCAGCUGCACUUUUAGAAGUUCUUGACCCAUAACAAAAUUCUUCAUUUAUAGACCAUUAUUUAAAUGUACCAUUUGAUUUAUCACAAGUUCUAUUCAUUGCUACUGCAAAUACAAUUAAAAGUAUUGCUCCAGCUUUGUUAGAUAGAAUGGAGAUUAUUCCUGUUCCUGGAUAUACACAUGAAGAAAAGCACCAUAUUGCUCGAAAUCAUUUGAUUCCCAAAAUGCUUAAAGAACAUGGACUUACCUCAGAAACAGUUCACAUAACUGAUGAAGCUGUACAGUUGUUAAUUAGAAAAUAUACUCAGGAAGCUGGCGUGCGUAGCUUGGAACGUAAAGUAGGAGCCUUAUGCCGAGCUGUAGCAGUAAGAGUUGUAGAAAAACAAGUGAUAAAAGAAAAAGUAGCCAAUUCUACUAUUGUAGAAAAUAAUGGAAAUGCAAUAUGCUAUCCUCCUGAACUUCCAAUUGUUUUAGAUGAAGUAGCCCUAGAAGAUAUUUUAGGACCACCAUUAUAUGAUAGUGAAUUGACAACUAAGAUAGGCCAACCAGGUAUAGCUAUAGGUUUGGCAUGGACUGCAGCUGGUGGAGAAAUAAUGUUUGUAGAAGCUUCAAAAAUGGAUGGUGAUGGACAGUUAAUUCUUACUGGACAGCUAGGAGAUGUCAUGAAAGAAUCGGCUAAAUUAGCUUUAAAUUGGAUUCGUACAAAUGCUGAAGAGUAUGGAAUUCCUGUUCAGAAGGGUACAGAUCUGAUGGAGAGAACAGACAUUCACAUACAUUUUCCUGCUGGUGCUGUUGGUAAAGAUGGGCCUUCUGCUGGAGUAACUAUUGUUACUGCUUUAAUAUCAUUGUUUACAGAAAGAUUAGUAUCAUCUGGUCUUGCUAUGACAGGAGAAAUAACUUUAUUAGGAUUAGUUUUACCAGUUGGUGGAAUUAAAGAAAAAAUAUUAGCUGCACACAGAACUGGAAUGAAGCAUGUUAUAUUACCAAAGAAAAACGAAAAAGACCUUUCAGAAAUUCCUUCUACCACUUUAGCUGACUUAACCAUCCAUUCUGUCUCUUGUGUUGAUGAUGUCUUGCAAGUAGCUUUCCAAGGAGGAUUUCCAGAUUUGGGGAAAGUGAGAUCUAUCACUAAACUUUAAAAAUAAAGAGAGAAUUCCUGGUUGAACA